AUGCCCCAGGCUCCAGUACGGAACAAAUCACAUUAUACCGAAGGAAGGAUAACCAGUAUGCCACUCCCCAAACUGCUCUGGGUACUCAUAGCCUUCACUUGCCUUGGUCUUGGCUCAGCACAGACGGUCACUCAGACCCCGCCAGUGGUAUCUGUGCAGGAGGGGCAGACUGCGACGCUUAAUUGCAAGUAUUCCACCAGUGACUCUAGUUAUUAUCUGUUCUGGUACAAGCAGCCUCCCGGUGGGAAGUUGAUUUUCCUUAUUCGUCAGGAUUCUUUCAGCGCACAGAAUGCGAGCGAGGACCGAUAUUCUAUAAACUUUCAGAAAGCGGCAGCCUCCAUCAGGCUCCUGAUCUCUGCCUCACAGCUGGGGGACUCUGCAGUGUAUUUCUGCGCCCUUCAGCACAGUGUUUCACAAUAUGCUGGUAACAAGCUGACAUUCGGGAAGGGGACAUAUCUUACAGUGAUUCCUGAUAUCCAGAACCCUCAACCAGCUCUUUACCAACUAAGAAGCCCCAAGUCAAGUAACACUUCAGUCUGCCUCCUCACAGACUUUGAUAAGCCCAUCAAAAAUGAGACUGUAGCUGGAAGCAAAGAAACAGUGCUGGAGAUGAUGACAAUGGAAUCUAAGAGCUAUGGAGCAGUGGCCUGGGGAAGUAAAUCAAACUUCACAUGCACAGGUGCAUUCCAAACAGACAUCAUCAAUUUUACUCAAACCUCAGGUUCCACAUGCAACCCUUCACAUGCAGAGCAAAGCUUUGAAACAGACAGAGAUUUGAACUUAAUGAACCUGUCUCUGAUUGUUCUGCGUAUCAUCUUCUUGAAGACUGUGGGAUUUAAUCUGCUUAUGACACUUCGUCUAUGGUCAAAUUAAAGUCUGACAAGAAGGCAAGUGGAUUUCAUAUCUUCCUGCUCCUUCCUUCUUCAUCUGCCCAUCUCCCUUUAGAAUUAAUGAAGAAAUAUACAACCAACCUCUCCAGGCCUAUAGGGAAGGCCAUAGACUGGAUCUUACCAUGUAUUUGAGAUACCAAAGUAGAAGAACUUCCCCAAAAACCAACCCAACCCUUUCAGUCCCUUAUACCUGCAUCCUCAGCUCUCUUGAGAGACUUCCUGAAGAGUGGAGGAGAAGACAUUGUAUCUUUAAAAGCUACUUGGAAAAUUGUUCUCUGUCUCUUUCUCUUUCCCUUCUCUACCCUCCAUAUAAUUAGAAAUUGUAAGAAGUGUUUAUUUUUUAAUAGAAUUUAUAAAGAAAUAUAUUUAGUUCUUUUUAUUGUUGUGGAAAAGAUUAUAUAAUUGGUUGAGCCCAGCUUUACCAUGUAUCUGAGCUGCACUGUAUUCUGUUGCCUAGCCAGGUUGAUAGGCUUUAUUAAAAGUACUUUUGUAAAAGCAAA